AUGUCCUCUCAGAACCCCACGCAGAUCUUCGCGGAAGACGUGCAGGAGGAGAGGGGCGAGAAUGCUCGUCUCUCCGCCUUCGUGGGCGCCAUCGCUGUGGGCGACCUGGUGAAGAGCACCCUGGGCCCCAAGGGAAUGGACAAGAUAUUACAAUCUGCUUCCACCGGCGAGAUCAUGGUCACCAACGACGGCGCCACCAUCCUCAAGUCCAUCGCUCUCGAUAACGCUGCUGCGAAGGUCUUGGUCAAUAUCUCCAAGGUCCAGGAUGACGAGGUCGGAGACGGCACCACGUCCGUGGCCGUCCUGGCCGCAGAGCUGCUGCGGGAGGCGGAACAGCUGGUCAACCAGAAGAUCCACCCCCAGACCAUCAUUGAGGGCUACCGGAUAGCAAGCCGCGCUGCGCUCGAGGCAUUGGAGAAGACUGCCGUGAACAACAGCAACGACGUUCAGGCCUUCAGGAAAGACCUCAUCGCCAUCGCCAGGACCACCUUGAGCUCCAAGGUGCUGAGCCAGGACCGCGACCAGUUUGCCGAGCUUGCCGUCGAUGCCGUGCUUAGGCUUCAGGGCUCCAGCGAUCUUACACACAUCCAGAUCAUCAAGAAGGCCGGUGGAAAGCUCAAGGACUCGUACCUUGAAGAGGGCUUCAUCUUGGACAAGAAGUUCGGUGUGAACCAGCCCAAGAGGAUCGAGAACGCGAAGAUUCUGAUUGCCAACACUGCCAUGGACACGGACAAGAUCAAGAUCUUCGGCGCGAGAGUGAAGGUUGACGGCACCGGCAAGCUUGCCGAGCUGGAGAAGGCCGAGCGGGAGAAGAUGAAGGCCAAGGUGGACAAGAUCAAGUCUCACGGCAUAAACUGCUUCGUCAACAGGCAGCUUAUCUACAACUGGCCCGAGCAGCUCUUUGCCGACGCGGGCAUCUGCUCCAUUGAGCAUGCCGACUUCGACGGUGUCGAGAGGCUGGCCCUUGUCACUGGAGGCGAGAUCACCUCUACCUUUGACCAUCCCGAGAACGUCAAGCUUGGCCAUUGCGACCUUAUCGAGGAAGUCAUCAUUGGUGAAGACACUCUCAUCAGGUUCUCCGGUGUCGCGGCCGGCAAGGCUUGCACAAUUGUCCUGCGCGGCGCCACCGAGCAGCUUCUGGAUGAGGCCGACAGGUCCCUUCACGAUGCUCUCGCCGUGCUGUCCCAGACAGUCAAGGAGCCCAGGACAACGCUGGGAGGUGGCUGUGCAGAGAUGAACAUGGCCAAGGCCGUUGAGCAGGCAUCGCAGAACGUUGCCGGCAAGAAGGCCCUCGCUGUCGAGGCUUUCGCAAAGGCCCUGCGGCAACUGCCUACCAUCCUGGCCGACAACGCUGGUUACGACUCCAGCGACCUCGUGGCCAGGCUAAGGAAGGCUGUUUACUCGGGUAUGACGGGCUCUGGACUCGACCUCCUGACCCCUGGCGGAGGCAUCGCGGACAUGAGGGAGCUCGGCGUCAUCGAAAGCUACAAGCUCAAGCGCGCGGUUGUUUCGUCGGCAAGCGAGGCCGCCGAGCUGCUGCUGAGGGUUGACAACAUCAUCCGGAGCGCACCGAGGCAGAGAACCCGCAUGUGA